AUGGAAUUUAAGUUUAAUUUCUGUGAUUCUGCGGAUGAUGGAGAAAUAAAAAAGGAAGAAAAUAAGGUGAACGAAAAAGAGGUAACUAUACAAAGAUAUCAAGUCUUCUCCAUUGGUGACAUACAAGAAGAAUGGAAGAAGAGUUCCGACAUCGAGUUGUGUUGUAUUGAAAGUUUGAAACUCAAUGAAGGGGAAAUCUUAUAUAUGCAAACUUAUACUGACGCCUACUGUGAUGUGGAAGGUAACACAGAGACUGGUGGGAACUUAGCAGACAAAGCAAUCCCAAACAUAUUGGAUACAUCUGAUCUUAUUCCCAAAGUUUAUGAGGGGGGUCUUAAACUUUGGGAAAGUUGUCUUGAUCUUGUGCACUUUCUUGAAAAACAAGAAAAUAAGGAACUUCUGCAAGGUAGGGUGUGGGAAUUGACAUAG